GCACUCCAGAAAUCCGAACACUUGUACCGGCGUUUGAACGCAGCGUGUGUCCCCAGUCUUCAGCAUGGAGAGGAAAGUGCUCGCAUUGCAAGCCAGAAAGAAGAAAAGCAAGCCAAGAAAACCCGCUAAAAGACCAGAGCCUCCCGGGCGCGGUGGUGGUGGUGGUGGAGGAGGAGGAGGUGGUGGGUCUCAUGGACAAGCCGACUCUCCUCUGCCCGAACAGGACGAGGAAAUCCUGGGAUCAGACGAUGAGGAGCAGGAGGACCCAAAUGACUACUGCAGAGGUGGAUAUCACAAUGUGAAGAUCGGGGACCUGUACAAUCAGAAGUACCAUGUGAUUCGAAAACUGGGAUGGGGCCAUUUCUCUACUGUGUGGUUGGCCUGGGACAUCCAGGAGAAACGUUUUGUGGCAAUGAAGGUGGUGAAAAGUGCAGAGCAUUACACUGAAACGGCCAUGGACGAAAUCAAGCUGCUAAAAAUGGUGAGAAACACAGAUCCCAAUGACCCAAACAGAGAGAGGGUGGUCCAGCUUCUUGACGACUUCAAGAUUUCUGGUGUAAAUGGAACACAUGUGUGCAUGGUGUUUGAAGUAUUGGGCUACCACUUACUCAAAUGGAUCAUCAAAUCCAACUACCAGGGCCUCCCCCUGCCCUGUGUAAAGAGCAUCAUCAAACAGGUGUUGCAGGGCUUGGACUACCUCCACACCAAAUGUAAGAUCAUCCACACAGACAUAAAGCCGGAGAACAUUCUGCUGACAGUGAAUGAGGCGUACAUUAGAAAGAUGGCAGCCGAAGCGACGCAGUGGCAAAAGGCGGGUGCAGCUCCUCCCUCGGGAUCUGCAGUGAGUACAGCCCCUGCCCCCAAAGCACAGAUGGCCAAAAUGUCAAAGAACAAGAAAAAGAAGAUGAAGAAGAAACAGAAGAAGCAGGCGGAGCAGCAGCGACUCCAGGAGGGCGGGGCCACAGCAGAGGAUGGAGAGGCAGAGGAGGGAACAGUUGCAAAGGGAACAGCCACAGAGGGAACAGCCACAGAGGGAACAGCCACAGUGGAGCCAGCGGAGGAGGCAGAGGAGGAGGAGGAAGAGACCACAGAGACUACAGAGACCACAGAGACUACAGAGACUACAGAGGACACAAACUCAUCUGUGACUAUGGCCUCUUCAUCCACUCUCCAGGACCUCAGCAGCAACAUCACAGAUCCCAACUCAGAGGAGCAGCAGUGUACACCUUCACCAGACAUGCCUCAAGAUGAAACAUCUCACAAAGAAACAUCCCAAGAAGAACUCAAGAUGGAGGUCAACUGUAACGGACGCAUUUCCACGACUCCAGACACCGAAACAAUACAAGACCAAACAGAGGACGAGCAGAACGCUAACCAGGCCGACGCCAGCUCAGAAAACAACAACACGAUAGCUAACGAAAGUGUGCAGAUGUGUAAUGGGACUGAAGGGGGAGAGGAGCAGCAGACCACAGCCGACUGUGAGCCAGAGGCGGGAAGAGACGACGAGACAACGACAGAGGAGAAGAAAGAGGAGGAGAUGGAAACCCAAGGAGAGGCCAAGACCAAGGAGGAGGAGCAGGAAGCAGAUAAUGAAUCUUCCAGUAGUUUAUUAGUGAACCCGCUGGAGCCCGUAAACGCUGAGAAGUUGCAGGUGAAGAUCGCUGACUUGGGCAAUGCCUGCUGGGUGCAUAAGCACUUUACGGAGGACAUCCAGACGCGGCAGUAUCGGUCUCUGGAGGUGUUGAUAGGAGCCGGCUACAGCACACCGGCUGAUAUCUGGAGCACAGCCUGCAUGGUGAGGGGCUGGGACGUAAUCGUGUUGUCACCACACCGUAACGUAUCAGUCCUGACACUUUUUCCAUGGAUUUGAUUGAUUCACUUAUUU